AUGAAGGCACCCAAGAGCUACGCAAAGCUGUCAGGCGCGACGGCGCCGCACAUUGGAUGCAAAGAGCACGUCAUGACAGUGGCCAGUCGUCUGUACUUUUCUAGUUUUUAUCGAAUCGUAUACUUCUUUAUGAUCGCCUCAAGUCUUGUAUGCGUCGUCUGGACGGGGAUAAAUGAUUGGAAAAUUCCGUCCUCGAUGGUGUUCAUCUCGCUGGAGAUUAUAGUCAGCACGCUGUUGGUAUUGGAAGUGUUGCUUCGGAUGAUGGCGUUUAAAAGACGGUUCUGGCACAAAUGGUGCAACAUUUUUGACGUUGUCGCCUUAGUUAUGAGCCUUGUAUCAGUGGCAAUGUAUUUCAACGAGGAAGGUGUGCUUGGUGAGCUGGAAGAAGUUGCAGCGGACUCGGUGUUGGCUUUGCGCAAUGCCGUACAGUACGCUCGAUUGGCAAUAUUUCUCAAGAAUCGGUCCGAUCGACCGACAACAAUUGGCAAAGAAAUCGACUUUGAAGAGCUAGCUGCGAAUCCGGAUGAUGAACGAGAAUUGAUGCUGAAUGCGGAGAGUGGGAUGACUUUGGAAAGCGAUGAUGAAGAAGAAAUCCAAAUCGUUUAG